AUGGCCUUUGUCCAAAAAGAAUUCUUUACCCGCCCGGCCCACCCUCCCAUUGGCGCCGCGCCUGUCUCCCUCGCCGACGCCAUCGCCGCCAGCACCACCGGCGACGGCCGCCCCGACCAGUGGUACACCAUCGGCCCGGGCAUCUGGGAACUGCAGCUGAAUGGCGAUCCCGCCUCCGACCACAAGGCGGUCCUCCAGUGGUACGAGCCCAACACGCGGUCCGUCGACCCGGUGGCCGUCAUUACACACACGUACAUUGAGGAGGUGUGCUUUAUUCAGGGCGGACUCACGGAUGUGACGCUCGGACAGGGGUGGGGUCCGGGGAGCUAUGCCUACCGCCUGCCCGGCAUGAAGCAUGGGCCCUACCAGGCAUCGUCAGAAGGCUGUCUGCAGUUUGUUAAACUGGUGCCAGUGGAGAACCAAAAGUAG